AUGUAAAGCAAAGAACCAAAUUAUAAUAAUUCAUAUCGUAAAACAAAAAUGAGAUUAUUAGCUUUACUAUUUAUGUGUUUUCUUACAUUUGGAUCAUAUAUGUGUUAUGAUUUUCCGGGCUAUUUACUAAAUUAAAUAAAGAAAGACAUGAGUUUAACCAACUUAUAAUUUAGUUUAUUGUAUUCUGUAUAUUCAUUACCAAAUAUAAUUUUACCACUAUUAGCUGGCAUUUUCAUAGACAGUUUAGGUGUUAGAAAAGCAAUUUUUCUGUUUACUUUUAUAUUGAUUAUAGGAUAACUAAUAUGUUCUAUUGGAUUUCAUGAAUAAGUUAAAUAAUAUUCAAUUAUAUUAUUUGGUCGUAUUAUUUUUGGUUUAGGAGGAGAAUGCUUAAAUGUAACAUAAAGUUCGGUUGCUUCUAAAUGGUUUAUUGACAAAGAUAUUUCUCUAGCAAUGAGUUUAAAUUUGUCUGUUUCUAGAUUAGGAAGUGUUUUGGGUUCAUUCGUAUUUCCUUAAGUUUAUAAAAUAUAUAACAAAUAAUUAUUUUUUCCUUUGAUUUUAGGCUGUUUCUUUUGCAUUUUUUCCUUUACAUGUGGGAUUUUUCUAAUAAUUUUAGACAGGAAAGCUGAUAAAUAAGAGGGUAAACUAAAAGUUGUAUAUUAAGAAGAAAACCGAUUAAAAAUUUAAGAUGCUAUAUAUUUAAAUCAUUAAUUUAAACUUUUAGUAAUUUCAAGUAUUUGCAAUUAUAUGUGCUUUUUUCCUUUUAUGCAAAUUUUAUAAGAUUAUUUGCAAAAUUAGUAUGGUCUUCGAAAUAGUUAAGCAUCAAAUUACAUGGGUAUACCUUACAUAAUUUCAUCUAUAUUGACUCCUUUAAUAGGACUUUUAAUAGAUAGAAUAGGAAAAAGAUCUUAAUUACUCAUUAUAUCUUCAAUAUUUCUAAUAUUUGCUCACCUAUUUAUGAUUAUAAUGCCUUAAUGUGGACAAGAGUUUGAUAAUUGUGUUAAUUUUUCAUUUAUUUUCCCACUUAUUUUAUUUGGAAUUUUUUAUUCAUUAUAUGGAGCUGUUUUUUGGUCUUGUAUUCCUUUAGUUGUUCCUAAUAAAAUUUUAGGAACAGCUUUUGGAAUAACAAUUGGUUUUUAAAACGGAGGACUAGUAAUAGGACCUUUAAUUGUCGGAUUUAUUAUUGAAUAAACAAAUUACAAAUAAAGUGGAUUCUUUUGGAUGGAAAUAUUUUUUACUUCUCUUGCUUUCAUGUGUCUUUUUAUUCAUUUAUUGAUUUAUUCAAAUGAUAAAAGACUUGAUUUAAAUUAUGAAAAAUUAAAUGAAAUAUAAUAUGAAAUAUAACCUAUUAAAUUAUAGGAUUAAACUCCAAAAUGA